AUGCUUGGAGCUCUUGGGUGCGUCUUCCCUGAGCUGUUGGCUCGUAAUGGUGUGAAGUUCGGUGAGGCUGUAUGGUUCAAGGCUGGAUCCCAGAUCUUCAGCGAAGGUGGUCUUGAUUACUUGGGAAACCCUAGUUUGAUCCAUGCCCAAAGCAUCUUGGCCAUCUGGGCCACCCAAGUCAUCUUGAUGGGUGCGGUUGAGGGUUACAGAAUCGCCGGUGGACCCUUGGGAGAGGUUGUUGACCCACUUUACCCUGGUGGUAGCUUCGACCCAUUAGGGCUUGCUGAUGAUCCAGAGGCUUUUGCUGAGUUGAAAGUAAAGGAGCUCAAGAAUGGAAGACUUGCCAUGUUCUCCAUGUUUGGCUUCUUUGUUCAAGCCAUUGUCACAGGGAAGGGGACCACUCGAGAACCUCGCUGA